AUGGAUCAGAGAUUAGAGAGAAUAGAACAAAUGCAAAGGGAAAUGCAAGAGCAAUUACAAGCACAGAUGCAAGAGCAACUGGCUAAGAUACAACAAGAUAUGAAGGAAAAAAUGGAAGAAUCCCAAAAUAAUCUAAUAGGCCAGUUGGCGCAGUUGCUGGCUAGAGAACGCGAGAAAGGGAAGAGCACCAUGGGGAACGAUAAUGAAGACCCUAUCUAUCCUCCAGGCUUUGCUUCGAUAAAUACUCAACCACAGUCGGAGGUGCAUCCACGAACGGUAUCCGUCACUAUUAUGCCCCAGCAAUACCAGGCCAAUGCCUCGACACCAAUAAACAUUCCUAUAGGAUCAGGCUCUAAUCCCGGGGAUAAUCCAGCUAAUCCAUUUGUCUCGGACCUUGAUGACAUAGCAGAAAUGGAGAAAGGAAAAGUAGAUAUGGCAAAACAACUCGAUAAUCGGUGCAAAUGGCUUGAGGAAAAAUUCAAAGCAAUGGAAGCUGCUGAUUACUGUGGCGGGAUAGAUGCUAAGGACUUAAGCUUAGUCCCAGAUCUGGUCCUCCCACCGAAAUUUAAAAUCCCGGAGUUUGAAAAGUAUAACGGGACGAGCUGUCCUGAAGCUCAUAUUACGAUGUUCUGUCGAAGGAUGACAGGGUAUGUUAACAAUGAUCAGCUGUUGAUCCACUGUUUCCAGGACAGUCUGAUCGGAUCUGCGACCAAGUGGUAUAACCAGCUCAGCCGUGCCCAAAUUGGUUCGUGGAAAGACUUGGCUCAAGCUUUCAUGAAACAAUACGGUCACGUGACGGACAUAGCACCUGACAGAAUUACCCUACAAAACAUGGAAAAGAAGCCGAGUGAAACCUUCAAACAGUAUGCACAACGGUGGAGGGAAAUAGUGAUGCAAGUUCAGCCACCCCUCUUGGAGAAGGAAACGACCAUGCUAUUUAUCAACACUCUAAAGGCCCCAUUCAUUAACCACAUGUUAGGAAGUGCUACUAAAAGCUUCUCGGACAUAGUAAUGUCUGGGGAGAUGAUAGAAAACGCGGUGAGAUGUGGGAAAAUUGAAGCGGGAGAAAGUGCCAAAAGAUCGGCUCCUAGAAGGAAAGAAAGUGAAGUAAACAAUGCAAGCAUAUACAAUAAAAGUUAUUCCAAGCCAGUCACAGUGAGCCAACCAAGGGCAGUGACUAUUGGCCAUCAGGGCUUUACAAGACAGGAUUCCAACCCAAGGCCUAACACAGAAAGAGUUCAAUUCACGCCAAUUCCAAUGACGUAUAAGGAGCUUUACAAGAACCUGUUCGACACACAUGUAGUGUCCCCAUUUUACCUAAAACCCAUGCAACCUCCAUUCUCUAAGUGGUAUGACGCAAAUGCUCAAUGCGAAUACCAUGCAGGAAUCUCGGGACACACAAUUGAAAACUGCACGGCCUUCAAGAAAUUGGUCGAAAGGUUCAUAAAGAUGGGCAUUGUGAAGUUCGAUGAUCCCACAGGACCUAAUGUGGCGGGAAAUCCGUUACCCAGUCAUUCAGAUGAAGGGGUAAACGCGAUAGUCGAAAAUGAAGGGAGGAGAACCAAGAUAGAUAUAUCAGAGGUAAAGACUCCAUUGAAGUGGGUUUGGAAGAAAAUGGUAGAAGAAGGUUUACUUACACAAUGUUUAGGGGAGAAGCCCGAAGGAGCAAAAUACUACUGCGAAUAUCACAACGAAGAGGGUCAUGAGAUCCAGGAGUGCAAUGAAUUCAGGGCAAUGGUACAAAUAUUGAUGGAAAAUAAAGAGAUUGAAUUCUUUGAGUAUACUGAGGGCCUCGAGGGAGAAGAUGUGUGCACGUCAGAGCAAGGGCCAACCAACAAUGUCCGAGGGGUCAAUCACCCGGUCGAUAGCAAAAGGGUUCCGUGGAAUUACGACUGCAAUGUAACGAUCCCGGGAGGGGAGAAUCCAGUUGUCGCUUUUGAGAAAGGUCAAGACGAGGGUUUCUAUACACGCAGCGGAAGGCGUUAUACUCUGAACACAAAGGCAGAAUCAGCUAAAGGAAAAUCCGUGGUCAUUGAACAAGAAAAGGAAAAGACGACCAGACCCGAAUCACCCGUCAAUGAGCCUGUAACUGAAAAAGAGGCUAAGGAAUUCUUAAAAUUCUUAAAACACAGCGAGUACAGCGUUGUGGAGCAAUUGCACAAAUAG